CGGGGCGCGGCCGUGUCGCGGGCCGGCCGGCGGCGCGGGAGGACUCAGGGAUGCCCUAACUGGAUUUAGGAUUCAUCCUGCAAUACGUUCAGUGUGCCUCUCCACAGAACCUCAUGUCUGAGGGACUCUCUGGUAUUGGUUUUUUUUCUUAUAGCCAACAGUAAUGAAUAAGGCCUUUCCAGUGUCUGUGCAAGGUAAAUGGCAGGAUGGAAAGCAGUGUGGAAACUUUGAAAGGCACUGAGAAGUCCAACCCUGUUCAAUGAAAAUCUUGGUGCAGCUGUUGUGGAGUAAUACAUGCAGUCCUGCUGUCAGCUUUUGCUGGGCUUUGUUUCUGGCUAAAGAAUGCAGACUAUAAAGUGUGUAGUUGUUGGAGAUGGUGCCGUGGGAAAAACUUGUCUUCUCAUCAGCUAUACCACCAAUGCCUUUCCAGAAGAGUACAUCCCUACUGUGUUUGACAACUACAGUGCCCAAAUGACUGUUGAUGGCCGGACAGUCAGCCUGAAUCUCUGGGACACUGCGGGCCAGGAGGAAUACGACCGCCUGCGCACGCUCUCGUAUCCUCAAACCAACGUCUUCGUCAUCUGUUUCUCCAUUGGUAGCCCCUCUUCCUAUGCAAAUGUGAGGCACAAAUGGUACCCUGAAGUUUCUCACCACUGUCCAAACGUUCCCAUUCUUUUAGUGGGCACAAAGAGAGACUUAAGAAAUGACCUGGAGACGGUUAAAAAGUUGAAAGAGCAAAGCUUGGCUCCCACUACCCCACAGCAGGGAACUUCACUGGCUAAACAAAUUGAGCAGUCAAAUAUUUGGAGUGUUCAGCAUUGAAUCAGGAAGGUGUUCGGGAGGUGUUUGCUGAAGCUGUGCGUGCAGUUCUGUAUCCUGUGACAAAGAAGAACACAAGAAAAUGUGUCUUGUUG